AGUGUUUUGUCGUUUGCGCAAUGGCGUGUGUCUGCCAGUAGAUGGCAGUGACACGUUGGGUGCUGCCAACCUUUUCUUUUUUUUCUUUCUUUUUUUUUUUCCCUUCCAGGGCCGUUUUCUGAUAUAUGUUGGGUACCAUAGAGUGAAUCUCAGAACAGGAAGCGGAGGCAUAAGCAGAGAGGAUUCUGGAAAGGUCUCUUUGUUUUCAUGUCCACAGAGAAAGCAAGGGGGAAAAAAUUGAAUGUAAUUUGCAAAUCCCUGUGGCCCAAAUCUGAAGAACUACAGGGGGUGGCACGGUCCAUUCUAACCAUCUUGGAUGCUGUCCUUUGUUGAGCUGUGAUUCCUAAGGCUCUCCAUCAGGCAAUUCUUAUGCAAGAAGCUAAACGUAAUUAAAUGUGCAGGAUGAAAAGAUGGCCCAGGCACUGCUGGUACCCCCAGGACCUGAGAGCUUCCGCCUUUUCACUCGAGAAUCUCUUGCUGCUAUCGAAAAGCGUGCUGCAGAAGAGAAAGCCAAGAAACCCAAGAAAGAGCAAGACAUUGACGAUGAGAACAAACCAAAGCCAAACAGCGACUUGGAAGCUGGGAAGAACCUUCCAUUUAUCUAUGGAGACAUUCCUCCAGAGAUGGUGUCGGAGCCCCUGGAGGACCUGGACCCCUACUAUGUCAGUAAGAAAACUUUUGUAGUGUUGAAUAAAGGGAAGGCGAUUUUUCGAUUCAGCGCCACCUCCGCCCUGUAUAUUUUAACUCCGCUAAACCCUGUUAGGAAAAUUGCCAUUAAGAUUUUGGUACACUCUUUGUUCAGCAUGCUUAUCAUGUGCACUAUUUUGACCAACUGUGUAUUUAUGACGUUGAGUAAUCCUCCCGACUGGACAAAGAAUGUAGAGUAUACGUUCACUGGGAUCUAUACCUUUGAGUCACUUAUAAAGAUCUUGGCAAGAGGGUUUUGCUUAGAAGACUUCACCUUCCUCCGUGACCCAUGGAACUGGCUGGAUUUCAGUGUCAUUGUGAUGGCAUAUGUGACAGAGUUUGUGGACCUGGGCAAUGUCUCAGCGCUGAGAACGUUCAGAGUUCUCCGAGCAUUGAAAACAAUAUCAGUCAUUCCAGGUUUAAAGACCAUCGUGGGGGCCCUGAUCCAGUCCGUGAAGAAGCUGUCCGACGUCAUGAUCCUCACUGUGUUCUGUCUCAGUGUCUUUGCUCUAAUUGGGCUGCAGCUCUUCAUGGGCAACCUGAGGAAUAAAUGCUUGCAGUGGCCCCCGAGCGAUUCUGCUUUUGAAACCAACACUACUUCCUACUUCAAUGGCACAAUGGAUUCAAAUGGGACAUUUGUUAAUGUAACAAUGAGCACUUUCAACUGGAAGGAUUAUAUCGCAGAUGACAGUCACUUUUAUGUCUUGGAUGGACAGAAAGAUCCUUUACUCUGUGGAAAUGGCUCCGAUGCAGGACAAUGUCCAGAAGGGUACAUCUGUGUGAAGGCUGGACGGAACCCCAACUACGGCUACACAAGCUUUGACACCUUCAGCUGGGCCUUCUUGUCCCUGUUCCGACUCAUGACUCAGGACUACUGGGAGAAUCUUUACCAGUUGACAUUGCGUGCAGCUGGGAAAACCUACAUGAUAUUUUUCGUCCUGGUCAUUUUCUUGGGCUCGUUUUAUUUGGUGAACUUGAUCCUGGCUGUGGUGGCCAUGGCCUAUGAGGAGCAGAACCAGGCCACACUGGAGGAGGCUGAACAGAAGGAGGCAGAGUUUCAGCAGAUGCUGGAGCAACUGAAGAAGCAGCAGGAGGAGGCUCAGGCAGUGGCUGCAGCCUCCGCGGCAUCCAGAGACUUCAGUGGAAUAGGAGGGUUAGGAGAACUUCUGGAGAGUUCUUCAGAAGCUUCCAAGUUGAGCUCCAAGAGUGCUAAGGAGUGGAGGAACCGGAGGAAGAAGAGGAGACAGAGGGAACACUUGGAGGGAAACCACAGAGCCGAUGGAGACAGGUUUCCCAAGUCGGAAUCGGAAGACAGUGUCAAGCGAAGAAGCUUCCUGCUCUCCCUGGAUGGCAACCCGCUGACUGGCGACAAGAAGCUGUGCUCUCCCCACCAGUCUCUCUUGAGUAUCCGUGGCUCCCUGUUUUCCCCAAGACGCAAUAGCAAAACGAGCAUUUUCAGCUUCAGAGGUCGGGCGAAGGACGUGGGGUCUGAGAAUGACUUUGCAGACGAUGAGCACAGCACCUUCGAGGACAGCGAGAGCAGGAGAGACUCCCUGUUUGUGCCGCACAGACCUGGAGAGCGACGCAACAGUAACGGUACCACCACUGAAACGGAAGUCAGGAAGAGAAGGCUAAGUUCUUACCAGAUUUCCAUGGAAAUGCUGGAGGAUUCCUCUGGAAGACAAAGAGCCAUGAGCAUAGCCAGUAUCCUGACCAACACCAUGGAGGAACUUGAAGAAUCUAGACAGAAGUGCCCACCGUGCUGGUAUAGAUUCGCCAAUGUGUUUUUGAUCUGGGAUUGCUGUGAUGCAUGGUUAAAAGUGAAGCAUCUUGUGAAUUUAAUUGUGAUGGAUCCAUUCGUUGAUCUUGCCAUAACAAUUUGCAUCGUAUUAAAUACACUGUUCAUGGCCAUGGAGCACUACCCCAUGACCCAGCAGUUCAGCAGUGUGCUGACUGUGGGAAACCUGGUCUUCACUGGGAUCUUCACAGCCGAAAUGGUCCUUAAAAUCAUUGCCAUGGACCCCUAUUAUUAUUUCCAAGAGGGCUGGAAUAUUUUCGAUGGAAUUAUUGUUAGCCUGAGUUUAAUGGAGCUUGGCCUGGCAAAUGUGGAGGGGCUGUCUGUGCUUCGGUCCUUCAGACUGCUCCGAGUCUUCAAGUUGGCAAAGUCCUGGCCCACACUGAACAUGCUCAUUAAGAUCAUCGGCAACUCGGUGGGCGCACUGGGCAACCUGACCCUGGUGCUGGCCAUCAUCGUCUUCAUUUUUGCCGUGGUUGGCAUGCAGCUGUUUGGAAAGAGCUACAAGGAGUGUGUCUGUAAGAUCAACGAGGACUGCAAGCUGCCACGCUGGCACAUGAACGACUUCUUCCACUCCUUCCUGAUCGUGUUCCGUGUGCUGUGUGGGGAGUGGAUAGAGACCAUGUGGGACUGCAUGGAGGUCGCGGGCCAGACCAUGUGCCUUAUUGUGUUCAUGUUGGUCAUGGUGAUUGGGAACCUUGUGGUUCUGAACCUCUUUCUGGCCUUAUUGUUGAGUUCCUUUAGUUCAGACAACCUUGCUGCUACUGACGAUGAUAACGAAAUGAACAACCUCCAGAUUGCAGUGGGAAGGAUGCAAAAGGGAAUUGAUUUUGUGAAAAGUAAGAUAGGGGAGUGCUUCCGAAAAGCGUUUUUCAGAAAGCCGAAAGUGAUAGAAAUCCAAGAAGGCAACAAAAUAGACAGCUGCAUGUCCAAUAACACGGGCAUCGAAAUAAGCAAAGAGCUUAACUACCUUAAAGACGGUAAUGGAACCACCAGCGGCGUGGGAACCGGAAGCAGUGUGGAAAAAUACGUAAUCGAUGAAAAUGACUACAUGUCAUUCAUCAACAACCCCAGCCUCACCGUGACUGUGCCAAUUGCUGUGGGAGAGUCUGACUUUGAAAAUUUAAAUACGGAAGAGUUCAGCAGUGAGUCAGAACUGGAAGAAAGUAAGGAGAAAUUAAAUGCAACCAGCUCUUCGGAAGGAAGCACAGUUGAUGUUGCUCCACCCCGAGAAGGUGAACAAGCAGAAAUUGAACCUGAGGAGGACCUUAAGCCAGAAGCUUGUUUUACUGAAGGGUGCAUUAAAAAAUUCCCCUUCUGCCAAGUAAGUACAGAAGAAGGUAAAGGAAAAAUAUGGUGGAAUCUUAGGAAGACGUGCUACAGCAUUGUGGAACACAACUGGUUUGAGACGUUCAUUGUGUUCAUGAUUCUCCUCAGUAGUGGCGCUUUGGCCUUUGAGGAUAUAUACAUUGAGCAGCGAAAGACGAUCAAGACCAUGCUGGAGUAUGCAGACAAGGUCUUCACGUACAUCUUCAUCCUGGAGAUGCUCCUCAAAUGGGUGGCCUAUGGAUUUCAAACCUAUUUCACCAAUGCCUGGUGCUGGUUGGACUUCCUGAUCGUUGAUGUUUCUUUGGUUAGCCUGGUAGCCAAUGCUCUUGGUUACUCAGAACUUGGUGCCAUCAAAUCCCUACGGACACUGAGAGCUCUGAGGCCGCUCCGAGCCUUAUCCCGCUUUGAAGGCAUGAGGGUGGUUGUGAAUGCUCUUGUUGGUGCAAUUCCCUCCAUCAUGAAUGUGUUAUUGGUGUGUCUCAUCUUCUGGCUGAUUUUUAGCAUCAUGGGUGUGAAUCUGUUUGCUGGAAAGUUCUAUCACUGUGUAAACACGACGACAGGCAACAUGUUUGAAAUAAAAGAAGUGAACAAUUUCAGUGACUGUCAGGCUCUUGGCAAGCAAGCCCGGUGGAAGAAUGUGAAAGUCAACUUUGACAACGUUGGGGCUGGCUACCUGGCAUUGCUGCAAGUGGCCACAUUCAAAGGCUGGAUGGACAUCAUGUACGCAGCUGUUGAUUCGCGGGACGUCAAACUGCAGCCCAUCUAUGAAGAAAACCUGUACAUGUACCUGUACUUUGUCAUCUUCAUCAUCUUCGGCUCGUUCUUCACUCUAAAUCUAUUCAUCGGUGUCAUCAUAGACAACUUCAACCAGCAGAAGAAGAAGUUUGGAGGUCAAGACAUCUUUAUGACAGAAGAACAGAAGAAAUACUACAAUGCAAUGAAGAAGCUCGGCUCAAAGAAACCGCAGAAGCCCAUCCCUCGGCCUGCAAACAAAUUUCAAGGGAUGGUCUUUGAUUUUGUAACCAGACAAGUGUUUGACAUCAGCAUCAUGAUCCUCAUCUGCCUCAACAUGGUGACCAUGAUGGUGGAAACGGACGACCAGAGCAAAUACAUGACCCUGGUUUUGUCCCGAAUCAACCUAGUGUUCAUCGUCCUCUUCACUGGGGAGUUUCUGCUGAAGCUCAUCUCCCUCAGAUACUACUACUUCACGAUAGGGUGGAACAUCUUUGACUUUGUGGUGGUGAUUCUCUCGAUUGUAGGAAUGUUUCUCGCGGAGCUGAUAGAGAAGUAUUUCGUGUCCCCUACCCUGUUCCGAGUCAUCCGCCUGGCCAGGAUUGGACGAAUCCUACGCCUGAUCAAAGGCGCCAAGGGGAUCCGCACACUGCUCUUUGCUCUGAUGAUGUCCCUUCCUGCGCUGUUCAACAUCGGCCUCCUGCUUUUCCUGGUCAUGUUCAUCUACGCCAUCUUUGGGAUGUCCAACUUUGCCUACGUUAAAAAAGAGGCUGGAAUUGAUGACAUGUUCAACUUUGAGACCUUUGGCAACAGCAUGAUCUGCUUGUUCCAAAUCACCACCUCUGCCGGCUGGGACGGACUGCUGGCCCCCAUCCUCAACAGCGCACCUCCCGACUGUGACCCCGAUGCAAUUCACCCCGGAAGCUCGGUGAAGGGGGACUGUGGGAACCCAUCCGUGGGGAUUUUCUUUUUUGUCAGCUACAUCAUCAUAUCCUUCCUGGUGGUGGUGAACAUGUACAUCGCUGUCAUCCUGGAGAACUUCAGCGUUGCCACCGAAGAAAGUGCAGAGCCCCUGAGUGAGGACGACUUUGAGAUGUUCUACGAGGUCUGGGAGAAGUUCGACCCUGACGCCACUCAGUUCAUAGAGUUCUGCAAGCUCUCUGACUUUGCAGCUGCCCUGGAUCCUCCCCUCCUCAUCGCAAAGCCAAACAAAGUCCAGCUCAUUGCCAUGGACCUGCCCAUGGUGAGUGGAGACCGCAUCCACUGCCUGGACAUCUUGUUUGCUUUUACAAAGCGGGUCCUGGGUGAGAGUGGAGAGAUGGACGCUCUUCGAAUCCAGAUGGAAGAUCGGUUCAUGGCUUCCAACCCCUCCAAGGUCUCUUAUGAGCCCAUUACCACCACUCUGAAACGGAAACAAGAGGAGGUGUCUGCUGCUAUCAUUCAGCGUAAUUAUAGAUGUUAUCUUUUAAAGCAACGGUUAAAAAACAUAUCGAGUAAAUACGACAAAGAGACAAUCAAGGGAAGGAUUGACUUGCCUAUAAAAGGAGAUAUGGUUAUUGACAAAUUAAAUGGGAAUUCCACCCCAGAAAAGACGGAUGGGAGUUCCUCUACAACCUCUCCUCCUUCCUAUGACAGUGUAACAAAGCCAGAUAAGGAGAAGUUUGAGAAAGACAAACCAGAAAAAGAAAUCAAAGGGAAAGAGGUCAGAGAGAAUCAAAAGUAAAAAGAGACAAAGAAAUGUCUUUGUAAUCAAUUGUUUACAGCCUCUGAAGGUAAAGUAUCCGUGUCAACUGGACUCUAAGGAGAGGUCCAUGCCAAACUGACUGUUUCAACAAAUACUCAAGGUCAGUGCCUAUACCAGACAGUGACCUCUGUCACUGCCACUCUGUGAGACAGGGUAUCAACAUUGACAAGAGGUUGCUGCUUCCAUUACCAGCUGACACUGCUGAGGAGAACUCCAUUGUGCAAGUGACCCGUCAUCAUGCCACCAAACUCCAUUAGUACAACGCUCCUGUCAUCUAUUUUUAACAUUCACAUUUGCCAUAUUUUUACAAAAUCUGUCCCAGUGUAUCUUCCUGGUCCCCACUUCAUAGUCUGUUCAUAAUACUAUGUCACUAUUUUUGUAAAUGAAGUUUACGUUGAGGGAAAAUAUAUAUAUAAGAAUCCCGUGUUGCUAAGUCCACAAGUUUCUCCAGUAAUCAUAAAAAAAAAUAUUUUGCCUGAGAGCUGAAAUUAUUGCUCAAAACAAAAAAGAAUAAAUUCUAAUGUUAACAGUUUCAAAUACUUCCACUUUUUGGAUGGUGUUAGCUUACAAGUAUUUUGGUCUGUUAUGUUUGUUUAUAUCUGAGCAGUUAUGUGCCUGUAAAGACUCCUCUAAUAUUUAAAGGAUUAUUUUUAUGCAAAAUAUUUUGUUUCAGCAAGUGCAAAUUUUAUUCUGUUUCAGAGUUCUAUAUUUAAUUUUAGUUAAGCAUCCUCCCUCCAAAAAAUUUAUCUAACGUUUCUGUUAUUUAAAAAAAAAAAAACUCUCCAAAGUAUCACUUUAGAAUAGUUGUUCCACUUCAUGUGGAGUAUUUCUUUGCCAUCUUCUGCUCUCAGCAAAACUGACAAUUUAUAUCAAUUAAAUACCCUCUGUUAUGUAAAUAGUUAUUUUAUCCUGUGGUGCAUGUUUGGGCAAAUAUAUAUAUAAACGUAUAUAUAGCCUAAUACACAAAUUCUAUUAAAUCGAAUGUGUACCACAGUGUAUGUGUCUUUUGCAAGCUUCCAACAGGGAGGUAUCCUGUACCAUUCAUUACACAGAAAUAGUUGGGGAGGCUAUCACUAAUGCAUGCUAAUAUUGCCUAAGCUGCUCUAUUUUAACCAAUCCAUUUAUCACAUGUUUCGGUAAGAAGAGUCACAUGUUGGUGGCAGAAUGAAUUCAACCUGCUCUCUGUCUCCAUGUCAAUAAAUUCUCAUCGAUAUUACUUUAAAAUAACUUUUUUUUUUGCAUCGUUAGUUUAACUCGAGUAUCACAAUGUGUCUUUAUUGAUUUCAAGGAGACACACUGUACAGGGCCUACUACCAAAUCCUACACAUCAUGGUUUGCUAGAAAACAAAAACAAAAAAAGAUCAAGAUUUGUUUAAAUAUAAAUAAUGUAAAAUAUAAUCCGUUUUUCUUUGUCAGCAUUUGUACAUAAGAAAAUUAUUUUCAGGUUAAUGACAUGGCACUUUAUUUUACCUUAUCCUUUUGCUUCUUAUUUUUAAAUCGAAACUCCAAACUUUUGCAUCCAAAAAAAGACUUUUCAGCAGAUAAUUUCCUAAAAUAAAAGUUAGACAAUGGGUUUUAUGGAUUUCUUUGUUAUAAUAUAUUUUCUACCAUUCUAAUAAGAGAUACGUUGGUCAAAAAAUCUCAAACCCUGACCAUUUUCUACCAACUCUGGUUGCCUGCAGAGAAUCCUUCACUCAUGGAAGUUUGGUUUUUUUUAACUCAGCUUUUGUAGCAUUUGCAGACGCAGACUAGGUUUAUUUUUUUAAAUCCUGCUGCACUAAAGUUAUCACGGCUAUAACAUGGGCUCUGGCCUUUUUAACCAGGAACAAAGUGGGAAAGUUGUGCAAUUACCUAACAUGAUACAAUUCUUUUCUUCUUUUACUUCUUUCCUUUUUGUUUUUUUCACAAACUGAAAGUUUAAAGUUCAUUCCUUUUACAAAACUAUUUACUGUAGUGUACUGACGAACUGCAUGCAGGGAAUUGCUACUACUAAAAGAAUGGUGAGCUACUUCAUUAUUGAGCCAAAAGAAUAAAUAUUUCGUUUUUUUUUUUUUUUUAACUGUAUCUCAUUUGUUGGACUGAGGUUUUUUGUUUUUCUCUUUUUCUUUUUUUUUAACUAUUGGCGGGUAAAAAUUUACACAACAAAAGAAAACCUGUAUUUGAUUUGACAUUUGUAUUCAUAGAAGUUCACAUGAGUUUUGUAACACCCUGCUACAUUAUCUACCGAGAAGUUUGUCAAAAUAAAGACUAGUUAAAAGCA